AGGGAGACUUAGAAGUGUUAACUUUCUUUGUUCCAACAACCGUUUUCACUUGGCUUUGCUCCAGGAGACUAACAGGGAAAGGCAGACAAAGACUUCCUGCUUUUAUACUUAGGUGCUUAAGACUUCACGUGGCACUGCGCAACGCUGACUCGACGUGAUGUAUGCCGUUUAAAAAAAAUUGUCUGACUUGCGUUGGUGUUGCGCAACGUCACACGCCAUUAAAACCUCGUGGGAGUGAGGCACCUGCAGUUUUCUGCUAAGUUUGCCGCAGUCGCUUUCUUCCGGCAAAAAUGCAUAACAUAUCUUUGGGUGCACAGGAGCUGUAACGGAGAAGAAGAGGAGGGAGGAGGUGAUGUUCUCUCCCUCAGCUCACCGUGACUGUGAGCUUUGUGAGGGUUUGAGCCUCUCAGGACGCCUUGCAGCAGCCCCUCCUCAGGCCAGGACUAUCCACCCACUGUCCUAAAAGCGAAAAACAACAAUCAGCUAAAGUUCCCGACCUGACACCUCGCUCUCCUCCGCCCACUCUGCUCCGUAUCCCCAGUGCCAUGGCCUUCACCCUGUCAGAGAUUAUGGCAGCGAGGAGGCAGCAGCAGUCGCAGGCUCAGUCACACACCCAGAGAGGCAGCAGGACAACAGUGGAGGUGGAUGAGUACAGCACCAACCCCACUCAGGCCUUCACCUUUUACAACAUUAACCAGGGACGUUUCCAGCCGCCACAUGUCCACAUGGUGGACCCGAUGCCCCAUGACACGCCCAAGCCGCCGGGCUACACCCGUUUCGUAUGCAUAUCAGACACUCAUUCCCGCACGGACGCCAUCCAGAUGCCGUAUGGGGACGUGUUCAUCCACGCUGGAGACUUCACUGAGCUGGGACUGCCCUCCGAGGUCAAGAAGUUUAACGACUGGCUAGGUACCCUGCCGUACGACAUCAAGAUAGUAAUUGCCGGCAAUCACGAGUUGACCUUUGACCAAGAGUUUAUGGCCGACCUGAUCAAGCAGGACUUCUACUACUUCCCUUCUGCCUCCAAGCUGAAACCGGAGAAUUACGAGAACGUCCAGUCGCUACUCACUAACUGCAUCUACCUACAGGAUUCUGAGGUCACCGUGCGGGGCUUCAGGAUCUACGGCUCCCCCUGGCAGCCCUGGUACUAUGGUUGGGGUUUCAACCUGCCACGGGGUCAGGCUCUGCUGGACAAGUGGAACCAGAUCCCUGACAACACAGACAUCCUGGUCACACACUGCCCCCCACUGGGUUUCUUGGACUGGGUCCCGAAGAAGAUGCAGCGUGUCGGGUGCAUGGAGCUUCUCAAUACAGUCCAGAGGAGAGUCCAGCCCAAAUUACAUGUGUUUGGACACAUUCAUGAAGGUUACGGCAUGAUGACAGAUGGCACCACGACGUUUGUCAACGCCUCAGCCUGUACCGUCAACUUCCUGCCCAUGAACCCACCCAUUGUCUUCGACCUUCCCAACCCUAGGACCACAUGACUAGAGGAAGCCCGCUCCCAAACCAUUACAACCAAUCAGGAGAAAGGAGCCAGGAAAAGUAGGUGAGGUCAGUAGACGGAACGGAAUUCUGUAAAUAUUCGGCAGGUGUUUUUUUUGUUUGUUUUUUUUUUUUUUUACAGUGAUACGAACGGUACACGCCUGGAGGACUAAAGGAGGACUGGAGGCUCACUUGAGCUAUUAAUGUUAUUUUGUGUGCCAUCAUUUCUCCAUCAGUAACUGAGUCUAAAAACAGACGAAUGAGCAGAGAGACGCUUUUACAUGCGGACAAAAUGGACAUUUCUCUGUGUUCUCGUUUACUGCACUGACAAUCCGAUGUGGCUCUCAGAGAGACAAGAGACACCCUGACAUCCCUGUUGGCCUUCGUCACUUCCAAUUAACUGGAACCAUUUGGACCUGCAGUGAAACAACCCAACGCCUCAUCUACAGGAGAGUUUCAGUCUUGCAUAGACUCAGCAUUGGCGGAACAUUUGCCAGGGGGAUUAUCACUGAAUUUUCCUCCCUUUCUGCUUUUAAACAUUAAUCUCCCAUCUUUUUCCUCAGUUCUUCCCCUCUCUUUCUACUGGCCCCCUUAUCUUACUGCUGCCCCACCCCCCCAGUAUGCUGGAGUGUGUGUGUGUGUGUGUGUGUUUUUUUUUUUUUGUGCCAGUGUAUGUGUGUGUGUGUGUGUGUGUGUGUGUGUGUGUAUGUGAGAUCAAAGCAAGUGUGUGAGGGCAGCAAGAGGUCUCUGCCACAGGCUGUGUGAGAGUCAGGAUGUCAAACGUGUUGACAUCACUCCCCUGGGCCUCAUUACAGCCCUCAGUAAGCCUCUUAACCGGCCGAGGAGAGGACGCAGAGGAAACCACUUGCAGCACUUCCACCCCCCCCACCCCGCUUCCUCCUUCCAUGUAGCUCCCCUUUUUCCCUCUCUCUUCGUUUUCCUCCCUCUCCAUCCUUCAGGUUGUGAACGACUUAGCUCAGCUUUUUAGUUAUGACUGGGAGGUCAGGCUUUUGGAUUUAGACAACAGGUAACAUGCAAUGUAAAGGUGCUACAUGCUAAUGCUACUUCUGAACAGUGGUGGUUGUGUCAUGAAUACACCGUUGUGUUAUUCAUGGGAGUGACGGAACUUUUUAUUCUUUUUAAAGAGGAGCAGAGUAACUAAAUGUACUGUAACUGGUCUAUGUAAAUGUUCUUGGUCAAUGUAAAGAAAAAAAAAAAAAAGAUUUUCUUGAAGAUUUCCAAGUUGUUGCUAUGCUUUUCAAACAAUGUGUUAAGUAUUUGUGUCCAGAAAUGUGUGGUUGUUUCAUUUGGUCUAUUUCUUAAUAAUGUAAAUGCUCAUUAUGGUAUUUUCUUCUCUGUGAAGCUGCUCGGGCCCAUUGUUGAUUAUUAACUCUUUCAUGUCCCUAAGCAGUUUGUCCUUUGUUUUGUGUUUUACAAGAGCUUUUUUUUUUUCCUUUGCUCUAUUUUCUGUAUAAGUAAGAGUCUAAAUGUGCUUAGCAGAACACGUCACACUUUGAUCUCCAUGCUUUCCAUCAUUAUGUAUGAAUGUUCCCCAAAGCUGCAGUUUACUCCUGCUUCAUUCCCGCUUCUUCAGCACAUCAGCGUUCAUUGUGCCAGCUGACGUCUUAAUGUUUCCAAAUGGGCAAAAGAGGACAGAACUGCUCACCAGGAAACCCAUGUCUGUGGGAGGUGAGUCCAUGUUAUGCUGCUCUUUUACGGACCAGUUUAAAAUCUAGACCAAGAAAUUGGGGACAUAUUGGCUGAUCCUCAUGUCUUCAACAGGCACACCACACUAAAGUUAAGGUUAGAGUUAGGAUCAAGUUUAGGGUAAGGUAUUUACAGUCACACAGAGAGCCCAGAUCACUGCAGUCUGACAAAACACAAGCAAAUACAAAGAUUGUCUUCACCAGUUUGACAACACACACAUCUGGUGCUUAAUUUGUAUAUCAGCAGGUCCUGGAACGUCAUGGAAAAAUUCAUUUGUCAGUCACUGUUCAACACCAUUGCUUGUGGAGCAGACAAUACUAAAGAGUUUAACGACAGCUUUCGUAACUACAGAAUUUAUUUUUUAUUUUCUUUACUUUGGACACCACAGUGUGCUUCUGGUUCCAAUAACUCAAAUCUCCAUUGUGAGAAAUUAGCACAGUGUUACUAAGUCAGUGGAGCCCAUUUAAUGUCUGCAGUUCAAGCUGAGUAGUGACAAGAGCAACGAUUGUAUUAGCUGAUCGACAGAAAAUUAUGUGUGUUCUGAUCAUCAAAUAAUCAUUAAGUCAUAGCAAAAAUGCUAAAUAAUAAUAAUAAUCUGGUUCCAGCCUCUUCUUUGUCUCACAUCACAAUAAACUGAAUCUCUUUAGAUUUUACAAAAUAAAGCAUUUAAAGACAUGUCUUUGGGCUGCUGGAAUUUAAAAAAGGACUUUUUUGUUAUGAUAUUUAAUGAACAAUUAAUCAAGAAAAUAAUUGGCAGAUUUAUACAUACACACACACACACAUAUAUAUACACA